AUGUCACAAGGGUCUAUCUCACCUACUAGAAAUCGCAAAACCUUCUCUGGCUGUUGGUCAUGCCGAGAACGCAAAAUCAAGUGCGAUGAAGCGAAACCCACUUGUCGUCAGUGCAUGAAAAGUCACUUGGAGUGUAAAGGUUACGGUCUUAGACUCCAAUGGAUCAUCAACAAACAACCAGAUGCGGAGUUUCCCGGUGUUAGCAAUCCGCGCAGAAAUAUCGCUCUGGAUGCCCAUACGCCAGUGCUUUCAUUAGACAGAAUUGAUGAGAUACUAACCAGCCUUGGCCACUAUGAUCCAAGGCACAGGCCUGCUCUGCAAGAAAAUAUACACAUUUUCACGAAAUGCUUUGGAGUGUUUCGGGAUGUGAAAUCCGAAGUUGAUGCCUCGCCAUUAACCAUAGAGUUUACACCAACAAGCACGGAGGCGCAACAUACGUUGAAUACCGCAAGCACUACUACCUCCCCAGUAAUAGGUGAGAAUGCUAGUAUUGAUGUGUUCGAUCACAACUUCUCUACACCCAAAGAUGACAGGGGGUCCUUGAUGAACCGCUCUUCAAAUCAAUCACCGAGUAUCUCUAGGUUUGGCAUCGAUACCCACAAUCAAAGCAAACUAAACGCCCGCGGUGGUUUUGCCGAGGAGAUUGAGACUGGGUCUUUCGGACUUUACGAAAAUGGAGUGGAUUUGGCUUCCCGGUCGGUGACUCUCGGGAGGACAGAGAAGUUCCUGAUACACUACUAUUCGAAGCGAGUUGUAAACCUUUUUUGUGUUAUUGAAAAUGGGACAAGCCCGUGGAAGUCGAUCCAUCUCCCCAAGAUACUCCAUGCCGUGGGAGAAAUCACCAUUGAGGGGGAAACAUCGAGAAUAUGCGAAGCUCUUGUACGCUCGUGUCUUUCGAUUAGCGCUUUCUGUCUGUCGAAUGAUUGCGGGCUACGACUUCAAGAGACUAAAGCCCUCAGAUGGGAACAGUUGGCGAAUGAGUUUCGACUUCAAGCUAUCAGGCUGCUCAGAAAUGCGAUGCAGAACGACUUUUACCCAAACAACGGCGUAAAGUACACCGACUUUCUUGCUACCACCUUAUCUAUGAUUACAAUCGACGUAAUGUCGGGCAAAACGGACACCUGCGGGAUUCAUUUAGAUGGGGCCUUGCGGUUGAUCAAUCACGGGCAAACCUGGAAGCAACAAUACUCUAGCAAAGCAGAAACUCUCCACCGAAUGUACUUUUACUUGCGGGCGAUUUUCGAGAGCACAUUGCCCCGCCAUAGCCGAUCACGAAGGCUACGAACCUCUUGUUCCACUGAGGAGGACGUAGAUUCUCAAGACGUGUUUUGUCACAAGAUCGUCGCCAAAAGCUCAGCCUGUCCAGAGCAUUUAACCGAAGAACAGAAGACAGAUCCAAAGAUCGGAAGUUUCGAGAGCAUUUAUGGCGUUCCUUACAGCCUCCUUUUUCUACUCACCAAAGUCAUCGACCUUAUAUACAAACUCUACGACGAAUCCUUCGAUGGCCGAAUCCCACUACAUCUUAUGGACGAGUGUGAUGAACUUGAAUAUUCCAUAAUGGAUUGGCCCGCUCACACCAGCUUCCCAUAUGAACCGCCACAUGACUAUUCAUCAAGCGCCAAGAUCGUUCACUAUCAUACCGCCGCCUUCCAUGAAGCGCUCAUUAUUUAUUUUGCACAGCACGUUCGGCUUGUUGGUCACCGUUUCCUACAGCCACAUAUACGGGCCGUCCUAGGCAGAAUGGAAGUCAUUGAGCAGAUCAAAGUCGAAACCAACUUGGUAGCUGCCCCGCUGUAUUGGCCUGCGUUUAUUGCCGGCAGUGAGGCCUUUGAUGAAGCCCUGCAGAAAAGGUUUCGGAAGUGGUACGAGCAUGUGAUGUUCUACGGGAUAGAGGCGCUGAGGACAGGCUUCUCUGUACUCGAAGAGGUCUGGGAAAUGGGACCGCAGAGAGCAGAUAGGGUGACGAGUUCAUGGCGCGAAGUGGUAGAAAAGUCAAGCAAGGUACUGAUGUUGAGUUAA